CAGCGCGAGGCGCGUCUUUGGUUCGUGAGGCGGCGGGAAGGAAGGAAGGCAGAGGGAGCCGCGCAGGGAAGGAGGACCGACGCCGACGCCACCAUGACGGUGGGCAAGAGCAGCAAGAUGCUCCAGCACAUCGACUACCGCAUGCGCUGCAUCCUGCAGGACGGCCGCGUCUUCAUCGGCACCUUCAAGGCCUUCGACAAGCACAUGAACCUCAUCCUCUGCGACUGCGACGAGUUCAGGAAGAUCAAGCCCAAGAACUCCAAGCAGCCUGAGCGGGAAGAGAAGCGAGUGCUGGGCCUGGUGUUGCUGCGAGGAGAGAAUCUGGUCUCCAUGACAGUCGAGGGGCCACCCCCAAAAGAUACUGGCAUCGCUCGCGUGCCCCUGGCUGGAGCCGCUGGAGGACCUGGUGUUGGCAGAGCUGCUGGAAGGGGCGUCCCCGCAGGAGCUCCCAUGCCCCAGGCACCCGCAGGCCUGGCUGGCCCCGUGCGUGGUGUUGGUGGCCCAUCCCAGCAGGUGAUGACUCCUCAGAGCCGAGGGACAGUUGCUGCUGCAGCGGCUGCCGCAACAGCCAGUAUUGCAGGAGCCCCCACUCAGUAUGCGCCCGGCCGCGGAGGCCCCCCUCCACCUAUGGGCAGAGGGACCCCACCUCCAGGGAUGAUGGGGCCUCCCCCUGGCAUGCGGCCCCCCAUGGGCCCCCCGAUGGGCAUGCCGCCUGGCCGAGGCUCCCCGAUGGGCAUGCCCCCUCCUGGCAUGAGGCCUCCUCCCCCUGGCAUGAGAGGUCCCCCUCCUCCUGGCAUGCGCCCACCCAGGCCCUGAGAGGGGACGCUGUGAAGGGAGCAGAAUUUGAGCCUUUGGACUUCUGUCUUGUUCACCCUGAGGGAAUGGUGGGGUGGGGGGGUUGUGUGUAUGUUUUAUAUUUUGGGGGUUGUCAUGUUGCCCUUUCUAAUAAACACUGGGAAAUUUC